AUGGCCCCCAACGACUCACCACGACGACAUCGAGACGGAGAACGACACCAUCAUCACGAAAGGAGAAGAGCUAGUCGGAGCCACGCGAAAUCGAGACAUGAAACGUCUUCUUCACAGUCUGGCUCUCAGCUGCUAUCUGCGAAUGCACUAGCAAAGCUAAAUCAGCUAAAUCAACAACAACCUGCCAGAGCAGAAGAAGUCACUCCACAGAAGAAAAGACGGAGACGGCACAGAGAAGUCGUUGAUGAGAAGGUAGUGGUCGAGAAAAGUAGGAGACAACAUAAGAGGAAGAAGCGGAGGGUAGUCAGUGGGGCUCUGCUGGAAGAAGGGGACAGCCGUAGGUUAAAAGGGUUAAGAGGCGGUGAAAAAUAUGAGGAAUACAAGUACGAAGAGUACGAGAAUGGAAAACGAAAGAAGCGAUUAUGGAUGCUUAUUGGUGCCGCAGUGGUACUUAUCAUCGUUAUAGUAGCCGUUGCAGUGGUUGUGUCCAAGAAGAAAUCGAGUUCGUCCAGUAGCGGCUCCUCAAAUUCCAAUCUCAACGGGAUAUCAGAGUCAGAUAUCCCAGAGGCUGCCAGAGGAACAUAUCUGGACCCAUUUACAUGGUACGACACAACGGACUUCAAUGUCACUUAUACGAAUCAGACGGUUGGAGGACUUCCAAUCAUGGGAUUGAUGUCGAAAUGGGAUGACUCCAAGAGUGCAAACUCGAACACCCCGCCAAUAUCAACCGCAUGGGGAUCUUAUGCCACCACACCAGUGAGAGGAGUUAAUCUCGGAGGCUGGCUUUCACUAGAACCCUUCAUUACACCUUCCCUGUUCAAUUACGAUUCUAGUCUGGGCAUCAUCGACGAGUGGACAUUAACAAGCCAUCUGGGUUCCGCGGCCCAAUCAACACUGGAAAAACAUUAUUCAACGUUUGUGACGGAGCAAACGUUCAUAGAUAUAGCCAAUGCCGGGCUUGAUCAUGUUCGAAUACCUUUUUCGUACUGGGCUGUAAUAACGUAUGACGGCGAUCCGUAUGUUUUCCGAACGUCUUGGAGAUAUCUUCUCAGAGGCAUUGAGUGGGCGCGCAAACAUGGUCUUCGGAUAAAUCUGGAUCUUCAUGGACUGCCUGGUAGUCAGAAUGGGUGGAAUCACAGUGGACGCCAAGGACCAAUAGGUUGGCUGAAUGGGACCGACGGAGCUCUAAAUGGCAAUCGAUCCCUCGAAGUCCACAACCAGCUCUCGCAAUUCUUCGCCCAAGAUCGUUACAAGAACAUCAUAUCAUUCUAUGGUCUAGCGAACGAGCCCAAGAUGACCUACCUCGUUCAUUCCGAGGUCCUAGAUUGGACAGCAAGCGCGUACACACUUGUCCGCAAGAACGGAAUAAAUGCCUACGUUGUCUUCGGCGACGGCUUCUUGGGCCUAGCAAAAUGGCAAGGCGAAUUACAAAGCUAUGACGGGCUCGUGCUGGACGCCCAUCAAUAUGUGAUCUUUAACAUGAACCAAAUCGACUACAACCACUCCACCAAAGUCGCCUACGCCUGCUCGGGCUGGACUGAGCAAACCGAGCUGAGCAUGAACGUAGCAACUGGCUUCGGACCGACCAUUGUCGCCGAGUGGUCCCAAGCUGACACAGACUGUGCCCCAAACCUCAACAACGUCGGCGUCGGCAAUCGCUGGACCGGAACCUUCAAUUCAGGAGACCCGACAACGCAAGUCCUGUCUCCUGACUGCCCGUUGAAAAACACACAAUGUGAAUGCACGGAUGCAAACGCCGAUCCGAGCAGGUACAGCACUACUUACAAGCAGUUUCUCCAGAUGUUUGCAGAGGCGCAGAUGGAGAGCUUUCAGAAAGGUUGGGGAUGGUUCUAUUGGACUUGGAAGACGGAGGCUGCGACGCAGUGGAGUUAUCAGGCGGGACUUGCAGCGGGGAUUCUACCUGUGAAGGCGUAUGCGCCUGUGUUUAAUUGUUCGGCGACGGUGCCGACCUUCUCGGGACUGCUGGAAUAUUAUUGA